GAACCCCGGAGCAGAAUACAGUGUGCAAAAGAUGUUCAGAUGGCUUCUUCUCAAAUGAAACAUCAUCUAAAGCCCCUUGUAGAAAACAUACAAAUUGCAGUGCAUUUGGUCUCCUGCUAAUUCAGAAAGGAAACGUGACGCAUGACAAUAUAUGCGCUGGAAACAGUGAAUCAACUCAGAAGUGUGGAAUAGAUAUCACCCUGUGUGAAGAGGCAUUCUUCAGGUUUGCUGUUCCUACAAAGUUAACCCCAAAUUGGCUCAGUGUCCUGGUAGACAAUUUGCCUGGCACCAAAAUCAAUGCCGAGAGUGUCGAGAGGAUAAAACGGCAACACAGCUCACAAGAACAGACUUUUCAGCUGCUGAAAUUAUGGAAGCAUCAAAACAAAGACCAAGAUACGGUAAAGAAGAUCAUCCAAGAUAUUGACCUUUGUGAAAACAGUGUUCAGCGGCACAUUGGACAUGUCAACCUCACCUUAGAGCAGCUGAGAAGCUUAAUGGAAAGUUUGCCGGGGAAGAAAGUUGGAACAGAAGAUAUUGAAAGAACAAUGAAGGCAUGCAAAUCCAGUGAACAGAUACUGAAGCUGCUCAGCCUGUGGAGAAUCAAAAAUGGCGACCAAGACACCCUGAAGGGCAUGAUGCACGGACUGAAACACAUGAAAACAUACCACUUGCCCAAAACUGUCACUCAGAGUCUGAGAAAAACCAUCAGAUUCCUUCACAGCUUCACAAUGUAUAGAUUGUAUCAGAAGCUAUUUUUAGAAAUGAUAGGGAACCAAGUCCAAUCAGUAAAAAUAAGCUGCUUAUAACUGGGAAUGGUCAUUGGGCUGUUCUCUCACUAUGAGCCAGAUCUGAUGGGUGUGUAAGCUGUUUCUCAGGCACUUAACGGGGUAGAGAGACUCCUUUCUCAUCACAAAUGACUCCAUUUUACCCAGGGCGCUAAAAGAAACCGUGCUGUGGAGAAAGAACUAGCAUUCCCCCAAAGUUUAUUAAACCCCAAAUAGCUUAUCCACCUGUCAGAUUUGGUCCAAUAUCUACUGACUAUAUUUUCCCUUAUUACUGCUUGCAGUAAUUCAACUGGAAAUAAUUAACUAGACUCCAUUGUGCUUAACUAAAUAUGGGAAUGUUUAACUUAAAAAGCUUUGAGGUUUCAGCAGUGCUAGAGGCUUUUAUUAGAAAGCCCUUUUUUUUUUUUUUGUUCCGUAAAAGUUACUAAUAUAUCUGUAACACUAUUUCAGUAUUUGCUAUUUAUAUUCAUUCAGAUAUGAGGUUUGUACAUAUUAUCAUCCUAAAGGGAAAUUGUGUAAGACGUAAUUUCAGAAAGAAAAAAAAAUUCUGUUUAUUAUUAUGACAGAUGAAAGAGAAAAAAAUCUAUUUUUGAAUGGAAAAUGUGAAGCAUUUUCUAAUAGAUACUGCAAUUCUUCCUAUGUGGAGUGUUUUUAUAAUAUAAUUUUAUCUGUAUAAGCUGUUAUAUCAUUGUAUAGAAAAUGCAUUAUUUAGUCAAUUGUAUAAUAUUGGAAAGUGUAUGAAAUAUAAAUUAUCUAAAUAUUAGAUGCUCUGAGAAAUUGAAUGUACCUUAUUUAAAAGAUUUUUUUGAUUUUAUUAUAUAAGCAACAUCAUUAAAGUUUUCAAAUUAUUUUU